GCUUCCAGAACCUUCACCAAUUAUUGGCCGCCGAUAUAUCAAUGAAUCGCCGCACCCAUCCACGCACUAAUCUCGAUAGCCUCCUGCGAUUCCGGACGCGCGCUUAGAGUCGGACGUUGCAACAGCGCCUCAAGAAAGAUCGACGAAACGCGAAGGGUACGGUAGAUACAGUAGUGCACGGGCGACGGGCUGCUGAUGGAUCCAUGGCGGAGGUUUCUGUGGUAGUCGCCGGCAGCCAAGACACAACCUCCCACUGCCCACCGCAUCGCAUGCCCCAUGGCAAGAAGCGCGCGGCGGACGGCUCUCUGGAGUCGGAGCAGCGACUGAGCAAGCGCUUCGACCUGCUGAAUCUCGUCGACAGCAAUGGCACGCGCCUCUACAUCCCCGUCGCCGGAUCCUCAGAUCCCGCCGACAACGCGAGCGCAGCAGCGAAACACGCACCGAAGCCAGUAGCCCCCGCGACAGAGAAGAAACGCGAGCGCAAGCCCCGGCCGCCGCCGCCGGACGACUGCAUGCAAGUCGAGGACACCCCGCACCGCGUCUACAUCCACGACCUGGCCGCCGAGCUCUCAGACAUCGAAUCAGACGAAGAGAACCCCGUUUUCUUGUCGGAUAUAGAAAAGCACCUGGCGAAGAUACCAAUGCAUGUGCUCGUGGGCCCGGAGCCGAAGCCGACCAGGGACAACCAGCUCGUGCUGUACAACAUCCCGUCCUCGCUGACGGUGCCCGAGGAGCAGGACAGCGUGAGGAAAGCCAUCGUGGAAGCGAGGGCGCGCGUCAGGGAGCGCCAGGCAAAUCCUACGUCGGAGCUGGAGCGGGGGAGCGCGACGCCGAUUGCGUCCAUGGCGAACGGAAUAGUCAGAGAGAUACCCAUAGAGAUGGAGGAGGAUCCCGAUGCAAUGGACAUCGAUGGCUAGCUAGCUAGCGUUACGAUACUUGUACUUUAAGGAAUGCAAUUCGUCGUUUCAGCUAUUGAAUCUCCCUGUGGGUAUUCCCUGUCUAGACUACAUAGAGAUAUCAUGUAAGAGGUAGGGCAUGAUCCAGUCAUGCAUUCCGUG